GUGGCUUUCGCUACAGCUCCCACCGCCUCAAGCUUUCGAGACGUCUCUCACAACUCUGCUUUCCCGCGCCACCCGCGCUGCGCCAUUCGCUACUGCUCCCCUUGCCGCGAGAUUUCUAGCCGUCUGACAACUCGGCUUUCCCCGCCACUGCGCCGCCCGCGCCACCCGCGCCACGCCAUUCGUCCGCCUUCCGCCACCCACGUCAGCAGCCAGUUUCCUCCAUUUCCGCGAAAUACCCUUCGGUCUUGAGAAUUCUCAGAGACAAAACACCUCCUCCAAAUUCGCGAUACCCUUUGACGAACCACCCAUGUCGUUCGGGUUCAUCUACUACCGCGAUCUCCGUCCCCCCGCGAUCGACGAGCUCCCCGCAUCUCUCGCCGUUUCCCCCAUCGCCGUCCCCUCAUAGCCGAAAUCCUCUCGCUGUUUUUCAAGGCGUUCGUCCCCACCUUCGCCCCCACCUCCGUCCACCUCCGUCCACCUCCGUCCACCUCCGUCCACCUCCGUCUACCUUCGUCCACCUUCACAACAUGUCGUUCGGGUUCAUCUACUACCCCGAUCUCCGCCCCCCUGCGAUCGACGAGCUCCCCGCGUCGCUCGCGGCGCUCAGCGAGGAAGCCGUGCUGGCGGCGCGCGAGGCCGCGUACGAGCAGCAGCUUAUAGCGGUGCGCGCCUCUAACGAGGACACCGCGCCGAUCGGGCAGGCAGGGGGGAGGGAGAGGGAGGGGGGGGAGGUUGAGGGGGAGGUGGAGGAGGAGGAGGAGGAAGAGGAGGAGGAGGGGGAGGGGGAUGCGAUGGAUGGUGGGGGGGACGAUGGGAUGAGCGACGAAUUCGGGCAAGAGACAGGGGGGGGAUUGUAGGGCGAGAGAGGUACGGCUGUGAUAUUAGAAGCAGUGAUUGAGAGACGGUGUGAUAAUAGAGGGCGUGGUAAUGCAGGCAGUGCCGUGGAUGGUGGGGGGGAUGAUGGGAUGAGCGACGAAUUCGGGCAAGAGACAGGGGGGAGGGUUGUAGCCGCAAGGGUUGUAGCAGGGGGGCUGUAUUGUGACUGUGUUUAUACAGGCAGUGAUAAUAACGGGUAUACUGGAUGGUGGGGGGGUCGAUGGGAUGAGUGAUGAAUUCGGGCAAGAAACAGGGGGAGGGUUGUAGCCUAGCAGGGGGGAGAUUGUAGUGUGACUUGGCUCGGAUGUGAUAAUACACGCAUUGCUAAUCAAGGGUGGUGCAGGCAGCAGGCUGUAUGUUGCAGGGAUGGAGGCUGGUGCCUUUAGGAUGGUGGGGGGACGAUGGGAUGAGUGAUGGAUUUGGGCAAGAAGCAGGGGGAGGGUUGUUGUGUGAGAGAGUUGCAGCCGUGGGUUUAGAUGGCGUGGCAGAGCAGGCAGAUGCAUGGACGGUGGGGGGAUGAUGGGAUGAUCAGUGAUGAAAAUGGGCAGCUGGGGGAGGGUUGCAGCAGGGGCGGGUUGCAGCAGGGGAGGGUUGCAGCAGGGGAGGGUUGCAGCAGGGGAGGGUUGCAGCAGGGGAGGGUUGCAGCAGGGGAGGGUUGCAGCAGGGGAGGUGUGAGUGUGAUAAUACAUGCAGUGAUUGUAGAGGGUAGGCUACUGUGAUAGUGCAGACGGCGUAAUGGAUGGUGGUGGGGAGGAUGAUGGGAUGGGUGAUGCAUUUGGGCAGGAGACGGGGGGUUGUAGUGUGACUGAUCAAGGCUGUGAUAAUACAGGAUGGCGGGUGGUGAGGGUGGUGGUGGUGUCGGGCAGGGGUGUUGGUAGUGUGAGUGACUGGCCUAGGAUUGUCUCGUGAUUCCGGCAGGUGUGGAUUUUUACAAUUCUCGAAAACCAUAUCUCGAAAAGCAAUUCUAGAAAACUUCUUCAGAGUCGUGCAUGCAUGAGAAAGCAUGUGUGUGGUCGUGCAUGCUGCGUUGCGCCCCUGGGCGUGGGGUGGUGUCAGCAUGUGGAAGAGUUUGUUCCGAUCUUGUUACCAUACGUGUAACAUGUUU